GAACGGGGCCAGUAACUCUUUUUGGCAAAACCACUACACAGCAGCAGGAGCAAAUUGGAACUUGAACUAGUGAGAAGGAAGUUGGGAAUCAAGGGAGAGAGAAAAAUGGGUUCGCCACUUGCAUCAUCAUCAUCAUCUUCAGUAGUAGUAGCAGCAGCAACUGCUAAGAUCACAGCUCCAUACGGGUCGUGGAAGUCACCCAUCACCGCCGACUUAGUCUCCGGCUCCGAGAAGCGUUUAGAGGGUUUCUCCCUCCUCCACUCCCAAAACCGCCUCAUCUGGCUCGAGUCUCGCCCUUCCGAAUCCGGGCGAUCGGUGCUUGUUAGAGAAGCAGAGAAACCAGGAGAUGAACCCACGGAUAUUACACCCACAGGGUUCUCGGUACAGUCAACGGCUCAAGAGUAUGGUGGUGGAGCUUUCGCUCUUUCAGGCUUCACUCUUAUUUUCUCAAACUUUGAGGAUCAGAGGUUGUACAAACAGUUUCUCAGCUCCAAUGAUUCCACUCCCGUGCCACUGACUCGGGAUUAUGGUGGGCCGGUAGUUCGGUAUGCUGAUGGGGUGUUUGAUUCACAUUUUAACCGUUACAUCAGUGUAAGAGAAGAUCAUCGAGGAAAUAGCGUACAUCCGACCACUGAAAUUGUAAGCAUUGACCUCAGUGGGGAGAAUAUUCAGGAGCCAAAAGUAUUGGUCAGUGGGAGUGAUUUCUAUGCUUUCCCACGCAUGGAUCCAAAAGGGGAACGAUUAGCAUGGAUUGAAUGGAGUCACCCCAAUAUGCAUUGGGACAAAGCUGAGCUUUGGGUUGGUUAUAUUUCUGAGAAUGGAGAUAUCUACAAACGCAUCUGUGUUGCCGGUGCAGAUACUUCAAUUGUAGAAUCUCCAAGUGAGCCUAAAUGGUCCUCCAAAGGGGAGUUGUUUUUCGUUACGGAUAGAAAUAAGGGGUUCUGGAAUAUUCAUAAAUGGAUUGAAGAGAGAAGUGAAGUCCGAGCAGUUUAUUCUUUGGAUGCUGAGUUCACUAGAGCAUUGUGGGUUUUCGGAAUCAGUUCCUAUGAUUUUAUUCAGAGCAAUGAGCAAACAAAUGUACUGGCUUGCAGUUACAGGCAGAACGGGAGGUCAUAUCUUGGUGUUAUUGAUCAAGUUCAGAACUCUUUGUCAGCCGUUGAUGUUCCUUUCACAUAUAUAACCAAUAUUAUUUCAGGGGACAAUUGCCUAUACAUUGAGGGAGCGUCUGCAACCCAUCCAUUGUCAUUAGCAAAGGUGGUUUUAAAUGAUCAGAAGUCGAAUCCAGUGAACUUUCAGAUUAUUUGGUCUUGUUCGUCAGAAACUGACAAAUACAAAUCAUACUUCAGUUCGCCGAAGUUAAUUGAAUUUCCAACGGAUGUUGCUGGUCAAAAUGCUUAUGCAUAUUUUUAUCCGCCAUGCAACCCCCAUUAUCAGGCUAGUCAAGAAGAAAAGCCUCCACUAUUACUGGAAAGCCAUGGAGGGCCAACAGAUGAAGCACAUGGAAUCUUAAAUCUCAAUAUCCAGUAUUGGACGAGUCGAGGCUGGUCAUUUGUGGAUGUUAACUAUGGAGGAAGCACAGGUUAUGGCAGGGAAUAUCGGGAGCGCCUCCUGGGAUCAUGGGGAAUUGUUGACGUUAAUGAUUGUUGUAGUUGUGCUAAAUAUUUGGUGGAUGAUGGAAAGGUGGAUGGUGAGCGUAUCUGUAUUACUGGGUGUUCUGCCGGUGGUUACACAACAUUAGCUUCUCUUGCUUUCCGUGAAACAUUCAAGGCUGGAGCUUCCUUGUUUGGUAUAGCUGAUUUGAACUCUUUGAGAGCAGAAAUGCAUAAAUUUGAGUCCCAUUAUAUCAGUAAUCUUGUUGGGGGUGAAGAAGCUUUGUUUGAAAGGUCACCCAUCAAUUUUGUUGAUAAAUUCUCUUGCCCAAUAAUUUUAUUCCAAGGAUUAGAAGACAAGGUUGUGCAACCAGAGCAAGCCCGGAAAAUAUAUAUGGCAUUGAAGAAAAAGGGUCUACCUGUGGCUCUUGUGGAGUACGAGGGAGAGCCUCAUGGAUUUCGGAAGGCUGACAACAUAAAGUUCACUCUGGAGCAACAAAUGGUGUUCUUUGCUCGUACUGUUGGACACUUCACAGUUGCUGAUGAGAUUGUUCCAAUUCAGGUUGACAACUUUGAUUAGACUUCAUGCCCUUAUCUGUCAAAGGUCUACAAAGAUUGGUUCUUGAUUACCUCAAAUAGCAACCUUCAUGCUCCUUAAUUAUGUUCUAACUGAACCCGACUUUAUCUACACAUGGAAACCUUAAGCUAGGGACUAAAUGCUUCAGGUAACCACUCCUUUCAAAGUAAAAAUGAAACCGUUUAUCGCCAGGUGUUUUUGUUUUUGUUCUCUCUUUGUUCUUUCUUGAUUGCCAUGACAAGUACUGUCCAGAUACAUGAAUUGCUGUUUAGUCUUCUUGUAGAAACACACUUGAGGAAUUUGGAGCGUAAAUGCUCUACGAUUAUUUGUAUUGCCAAUGGAAUGUGUGUUUUUGCAGCCCAGUAUAUAUUGUUGGCUUGGCUUUCA